UGUUGUGUAUAUGAUAAAGAAACAUGGCUGCCCACCUAUCGUACGGUAGAGUCAAUUUAAACAUCUUGAGAGAAGCUGCACGAAAAGAGCUUCGAGAGUUUUUGGACAAAUGUGCGGGAAGUAAGGCCAUAGUUUGGGAUGAAUAUCUGACGGGACCUUUUGGACUGAUAGCUCAAUACUCUCUACUGAAGGAACAUGAAGUUGAAAAGAUGUUCACCCUCAAGAGUGGCAGACUCCCCGCUGCUGACGUCAAGAAUAUCAUCUUCUUUGUUCGUCCCAGACUGGAACUCAUGGACAUCAUCGCUGAGAAUAUCAUCAGUGAGGACAAGAUGCAUUCCCCACGAGACUUACAUAUUUUGUUUGUUCCUCGGCGGAGCAUGUUGUGUGAACAGCGGCUGAAGGAGCAGGGCGUGUUGGCCUCCUUCAUCAACAUCGAAGAGUACAUCCUGGACCUGAUCCCCUAUGAUGGAGACCUGCUCUCCAUGGAGUAUGAGAGUGCUUUCAGGUUAAUGUCUCUUAUUCCAGCAUCUGAGGCCUUCUUCGACAAUCUGACAGUUGAGCAGGAGUUUAUGACUGGAGUAGAAACGGACAAGGUUAACACGUAUAUAGAAGACAGCAUUGCCCAAAAGGAUCCACUGAUCAAGAUUCUGCGCCUGGUUUCCAUGCAGUCGGUCUGCAACAACGGCCUCAAGCAGAAAGUGUUCGACUACUACAGGAGGGAGAUCCUGCAGACCUAUGGUUAUGAACACAUUCUGACACUGAACAACCUAGAGAAGGCGGGUCUUUUGAAGCUUCAGUCGAACUCAAGGAACAACUACCCCACUAUAAGAAAAACCCUCAAACUGUGGAUGGAGGAUGCCAAUGAACAGAACCCCAACGACAUCUCCUACGUGUACAGUGGCUACGCUCCACUAAGCAUCCGACUGACCCAGGUGUUAGCCAGGCCCGGGUGGCGCAGCAUCGAAGAGGUGCUGAAGAUGCUUCCAGGCCCGCACUUUGAGGAGAGACAGCAGCUGCCCGCCGGGCUGCACAAGAAACGUCAGCAGGGGGAGAAUCGAACCACGCUGGUGUUCUUCCUCGGAGGAGUGUCGUAUGCAGAAAUAGCCGCUCUUCGUUUCCUCUCUCAAAUGGAAGACAGCGGGAUGGAGUAUAUUAUAGCCACCACAAAACUCCUAAACGGUACAACAUGGAUCAAAUCCCUCAUGGACCGGCCCGAGGCCCAGACCUCCUGAGUCACCUGCGUGCACACCUGGCCACAUCAAACACCCAUCCAUCAGAAAACCUCAGCUGCUGUUUUUUAUGUCUAUAUCCGUCUACUGCAGGUGUUUCAUUGAUGUGUAUCCAACAUUAGGCUCUUUAAAGGUGCCCUGUGGAGUUGUAUUUUCUUCACUUGGUGUAACAGACCAAAAUGUUUUCAUCCUUGCAGCCUGACAAACAUGAUAAACGCAUUUCCUUUUUUUCAGGAUAUUUGCAAAGCUGAUUUAUUAAAGUGUGUUAUUUGCAUGCUUUCAUGAGUGCCUUUACUGGUGCUUUUUUGUCCAGUACUGCCAGCAAUUGAAAACCAUUGGAAUCGUGUGAAAACAUUUACUGCCUCAUGCAUGUGAGGAUAAACAUAAAUUGUUGACCAACCUGUAAAAUAAUUGCUCCACCAGGUGUAUACACUUUACAGGGUAUCUUUAAAAUGUUUGCAGUCCCAGGUAAUAUAAUAUAUAAGUGGUUUAAUGCUACUCUCAUGAAUCCCUUUGUCCUCUGGCUUCUUGUCCUGCUUUACUAUGAAGUUACUGUAAAUAUGUACGUAUGAUACAAAUUGUUGGGAUGUCAUGCAUAAGAUGAUAAAGAUGCACUUCUUGAAUUUUUGGAAGGCUUUUGGAAGGCAAACAAAUAAAGUCUUAACUAACUGAAAUCAAA